UGAAUGACCGUGCCCGUUUUGAUUGGCUGGAUUUGGCUGCUUCAAAUACAAGGACUUCCGCCAGUUGAUAGUAUUCCACCACCAUUGCUCGAGCAUGCUGCGCGCGGCCGUGAGCAAGCGCGGGCUGGCCAUACCACGGCUCUCUAGACACCUCGCAUCGUCUUCCUCGGAAUUCGCAGACCUCACGACGAGCCUCACGAACGUCAACGACGAAGAAGAAGCGUACACGCGUGCAUCGACCAACAUGAUAAAGUUCUUGCCGCCCCUCCGCACGGGAAAGAAAGGCAUUGAUCUCAUUCACGACCCGCUGUUCAACAAAGGCACGGGAUACAAGCACGUCGAGCGAGAUCGGUUGGGGCUUCGCGGCCUUGUCCCUCCUCGUCGCCUCAACAUGAAGGCGCAAUUGGAAAAACUGUACUCGCUGUACCAAGAAGAGGAAGACCCUCUGCGCAAGAACAUCUUCUUGUCGGACCUGCAGAACCGCAACGAAACGCUCUUCUUUCGAUUGCUCAUCGAUUACAUUGAAGAAAUGGCGCCCGUUGUGUACACCCCGACCGUGGGUCUCGUGUGCCAAAAGUUCGGCAGCAUCUUCCGCCGAUCUCGAGGCAUGUACUUCAGUGCCGAGGACAAGUCUCAAUUUGGCUCCAUGGUGUACAACUGGCCGUGUGACGACGUUCAAGUGAUCGUGGUGACGGAUGGCAGUCGCAUCUUGGGUCUUGGUGAUCUUGGUGUCAACGGCAUGGGAAUCCCAAUCGGGAAGCUCGCUCUAUACACUGCAGCCGGGGGCAUCGACCCUCGCAAGGUGCUGCCGGUCAUGCUCGACCUCGGCACCAACAACGAAACGUACUUGAAGGAUCCGUACUACCUCGGCAUGCAGCACCGUCGCCUGGAAGGGGAAGCCUUCUGGAGUGUCGUGGACGAGUUUAUGCGAGCAGUGCGCUUCAGGUGGCCAAAGGCCCUCGUGCAGUUUGAAGAUUUUUCCAGUGACCAUGCCGCAGAUGUGCUGCACGCGUACCGCCUGAAACAACUCUGCUUCAACGACGAUAUCCAAGGGACUGGCGCGACCGUGUUGGCGGGCGCCUUGUCGGCUUGCCUGCGGGUGAACAUUCCGCUAAAACAUCAGCGCAUUCUCGUGCUGGGGGCGGGCAGUGCCGGUCUCGGUGUGUCGACGACGUUGCUUCAAGGGAUGCUGCAAGAAGGAGCCAAGCUCGACGAUGCCCGCAAGCAAUUUUACGUGUUCGAUCAGUUUGGCCUCCUCGGCGACACCCGGCGAGACAUGACGUCGGGCCAGCAAUUCUUUGCUCGCAACGACGUGCCCGACAAGACAUCGCUUUUGGACGUGAUAAAGAAAGUGAAGCCCACGAUGAUCCUGGGUCUCAGCGCCGCCCGCGGCGCCUUCACAGAGGAAUGCGUGCGUGAAAUGGCAAAGCACGUGGACAUGCCCAUCGUGUUUCCGCUGUCCAACCCGACGUCUGUGGCCGAGUGCACGGCGCAGCAAGCGUACGAAUGGACCAACGGCCGCGUGGUCUUUGCAAGCGGCUCGCCGUUUGCGCCGGUGCAAUUCAACGGUCACGUGUACAACGUGAGCCAGUGCAACAACAUGUUCAUCUUCCCUGGCGUGGGCCUCGGCGCGGUCGUGUGCGGUGCGACCCGCGUGACCGAUCGCAUGUUGUAUGUCGCAGCGCAAGCGUUGGCAACGUGCAUGUCCCCUGAAGAGAUCGCCGCGGGCCAAGUGUUUCCCAGUGUCAAGCAAAUUCGAAAAGUGUCGCUCAAGGUCGCAACGGCGGUGGUGCAGUGUGCCGUCGACGAUGGGUUGGCAUCGACGCCGCCCAUUCUUCGCAAGGGCGCGAAUCUCGAAGAAUACGUGGCGUCCAAGAUGUACUUGCCAAUCUACCGCGCCCUCGUCGAAUAGUUUGUCGAUACACCGUAACCCACCCCGAGAACAACUCAAAUGGUGACGUCUAUUGUUUGGUUCCAGCUGCCGGCAAGGUCAUCGUGCGAACAGAGCGCCACCGAUUCGCCUGUCACCUUGCCCGUGCAUGCACGACAGGACAUGGAGCUUGUUCAUUAGCAGGAUGCAGCACGGUUGUUUCAUGGCAGCCGACGGUGAUCGUGGUAUGUCGUCGUCCUCACGUAGGAGUCCCUCAAAGUCGCAUCGGAAACGCCGUGUUCUUUCUGUACUUACACGAUCGAGCAAGCUCAGGUGUCUUGAAGGGAGGCCACAUGCUGCAAUCGCUGGGACGGACGUGCCGCGUCCCGUCGGGCACGGUUGCUUUGUCGUUUCCACGGCACGGCCAGCGAACGCAUAUUCGUG